CUCACACAGCGGAGUGUAGCUGAGAGACAGGGACUGCAGCAGCAUGCACCAGCCGCGUCUGAUCUGUGUGGUGACAUGAGGAAGAAGAACUGGGAAGAGGAUAUAGCGUAGCAGCGUCUUACACAACCCAACCCCCAUGCGUACGGUAGCUACGUCUCUGCUCUGCAGCAGUGGCAACGGUGCAUUUCAAGAGCGGACAGCUUAUGUUAUCUUCCCACUCUGACUGCACUGCCUCUGCAUCCAUCCCAUUCACUCUGUUCCUCCCACUCCACCUCUUCCUCAUCCUCCCAACAACGGCAUCAUUAGGCAGGACUACAGACCGCCCGGGAUCACUAACGGCAAUCACUGGAUGCUCAGGUUUGCCCUCUCUGAAGGAGUCGUGGUGGAGAUGCUAAAUCAUCAUUACCUCCAUUAACAACCGGAUUCUAUUCUAGCUCAGGAGACAAGGAGAAGAAAAACCACCCCAAACAACGAAAAAGGAGUCUUAGAUGUUUGUGACGAUCUUUGUCGGCGCUGUUGGGUAGUUGAUUCGUUUCUUCUAUUUGCUUGAUUGUUUUUAUCUUCUCUGAGACUGGCUAGCAGGCACUGCAGCACCAGGAAGGACUGCAGGAGCCGUGAAGGGUAGGGCAUGAGGACCCAGGGGCGAGCCAGCGGAAGGGCUUGAGCUACCAUUGCUGCCCCUGCUGCUGCUGAGGUGCUUAUCUUGAUUUUUUUUCUCCAGAAAGGGCGGCUGGUUGGGGUGGGUUGUGACAGUGCAGGUACUCAGGACCCUGCAGAGCAGAGUGGGUGGCUCUGGCAUAGAGGAGCCAGGCAGGGAGGCAGGACGUCCUGUGGGAAAGGAGGAGAGAAGAGAAGAAGAAGGGCUGGCUCAGGCUCGGGCCCCUGAUGGUGGCUAUUUUUAUCUCCCCUAGCUGAGUGAUUGGGGACAGCCGGUAAAGGGAAAGAUGCUUAUGGGUGCGGGACGAGACACGGCGCGGGAUGAGGCCCAGAAGCUUCACCGGAAAUGGCUGAAGCACCAGGCCUUCAUGACCGAGCUGGCCCGCAACAAAGAAUGGCUGGCCAAGAUAGAGCAGGAGGGUCAGGAACUGAUCGAUGAGAAGCCGGAGCUGCGUUCGGUGGUUCAGCAGAAGCUGGAGGAGAUCAGGGAGUGUUGGACGGACCUGGAGAGCACCACCAAGGCCAAGGCCCGGGCUCUGUUUGAGAACAACAAGCCAGAGCCGGUGGUGAAGAGCUACUCAGACCUGGACCACCAGCUCUCUGGCCUGGAGAAACAGCCCCCUCAGCUGGAGCAGGCUCACCAUCUGCCCACCUUCAAUGAGCAGCUGCAUAAAUUCCAGUCUCAGAUGGGGGACUUGUACAAGGACGUAGGGGAACUAGGGUCCCUCCAGGGGGUGUGCCUCCCCCAGCGAGGCAGCCUGGAGAAAGGCAGGGAAGGAGAAGGGGGCGAGCAGCCAGCUGUGGUGGAGACCCGCAUCGUGCGCCUCAUCGAGCCCCUGAAAGAGAGACGUCGCAUUCUGCUGGCCUCCAAGGAGAUGCAUCAGGUCGCCCAGGACCUGGAGGAAGAGAUACUGUGGAUCCAGGAGCGGCUUCCUCUGGCUUCCUCUAAGGAUUACGGCAACAACCUGCAGAGUGUUCAGCAGCAUGUCAAGAUCAACCAGACGCUGCAGAGGGAUCUGCAGGGUCGCCGGGCGCGGGUUGAGGAGGUGUUGGACCGGGCGGGGAUCAUUGCCUCUCUGCGGACCCCCGAGGUGGACUUUGUGCGCGAGGGGGCAGGGCACGUGCGUCAGCUUUGGGAGGUGCUGAGGCUAGAGGCGGAGAGGAGGACUGUGAUGCUGGAUGUGGUGCUGCAGGCCCAGCAGUAUUACAGCGAGGCGGCCAAAGUCGAGUCCUGGCUGGCAGGCCAGAAACUGCACCUCAUCAGCGAGGAGAAGGGUAUGGACGAAGCAAGCACCCUGCAGCUGCUGAAGGAGCACCUGGCCUUGGAGGCGAUGGUGGAGAACUACGCUGAGACAGUGGGCAUGCUCUCCCAGCAGUGUCAGAGGCAGCUGGAACUGGCACACCCAGACAGUGAGGGGAUCACCAAGCAGCAGUCCCACAUAGACCGUCUGUACGUGUCUCUGAAGGACAUGGUGGAGCACAGGAAGACCAAACUGGAGCAGCAGUAUUGGAUGUACCAGCUCAACAGAGAGGUGGAGGAGUUAGAGAAGUGGAUCACUGAGCGGGAGGCUGUUGCCAGCUCCACUGAGCUGGGCCAAGACCUGGAAGAUGUCACGAUGCUACAAGAAAAAUUCACCAAGUUCUGCUCAGAGACCAACAGCAUAGGCCAACAGAGGAUGGAGCAGGUGAAUAAGAUGGUGAACGAGAUGAUAGACUGCGGCCACACGGACGCGGCCACAAUCGCUGAGUGGAAGGAUGGACUGAACGAGUCAUGGGCCGACCUACUGGAGCUCAUGGAAACCCGAGGACAGAUGCUAACAGCAUCAUACCAGCUGCACAAGUUCUUCACCGACUGCAAAGAGGUCUUGGUUCAGAUUGCGGGGAAGAUGAGGCAACUACCAGAGGUGAGGGCGUGCCAAGCCAGCAUCGCCAACCCGGCCACGCUGCAGAGGCUCAUGCGCUCUUUUGAGCACGCCCUCCAGCUGCUUGUCUCACAGGUAAGGCAGCUGCAGGAGAACGCGGCCCAGCUGAGGGCCAUCUACGCCGGGGAAAAGGCAGAGGCCAUCAUGAGCAAGGAACAGGAAGUGAUGUCAGCAUGGAAGGAGUUGCUGGUUUCCUGUGAGGCCAGUCGCGUGCAGGUCACCUCGGUGACAGACAAGGUCCAGUUCUUCUCAGUGGUGCGUGAGCAUCUCAUGUGGAUGGAAGGCAUCAUGGGACAGAUUGGAGGGGACGACCCCAGGGAUUCGUCCUCUGCGGAGGUGAUGAUGAAACAACAUGGUGAGCUGAAAGCCAAGAUGGACGGCCGCAGUAAGACCCUACAACAGUGUGUUGAGCUGGGAAAGAUCCUGUUGGCCGCAGGCAACCCAGCAGCUGAGGAGAUAAAGGAUAAGUUGGACACACUCCUGGCUAAGCAGAAGGAUCUCUCUGAGAGAUGGGACAAACACCAGGAAAAGCUACAGCGCAAGAAGGAUCAGUUCCAGUAUGCCCAGGAGACGGUGACGGCGGAGGCCUGGCUGAAGGCCAAGGAGCCGCUAAUCAACUCUAGCUCCAACUCCAGGGAGGCUGGGGGUGCUGGAGGAGAGGCCCAGGCUCAGACUGACGAGGUGGAGCAGCUCAUCCUCCGCCACGAGGCCUUCCGUAAGGCUGCAGCUACCUGGAAGGAGCGCUUCAGCUCACUGAGACAGCUCUCCAACGCAGAGAAGCUGAGAGAAGAACAGAGCAGCAAUCCUGCCCCAACGCCACUCUCCAGUCGGAGGAUGUUCCCAUCAUCCUGCCUCACUCCGACCUUUCCCCUUGCUACCUCAACUCUGCUGAGGCAGACGGUCCAGCUGCAUAUUGAGCCCAGGCCCAAGCAGACUAGUCUGGGGAUGGCUGCCUCUGCCUCCACUGCAGCCCAGAGGUUGGGUUCUACCAUGGCCAGCUACACUCCUGUCAUGAAUGGCUCCAGUUACCAUGGACUGGACCAUCAGAGUAGCAGCGGGGGGUUGGAGAGUUCUAACUACCCUGGGCUAAACCAUCAGGCCUGUGGAGGUGUGGACAGCAGCUCCAGUUACCUUGGAGUGAACCAUCAGACUGCCCCCCUGCCAGUGGAUAGUUCUGGCUACCUUGGACUGAACCAUCAAAGCAGUGGGGGUAUGGUUAGUCCAGGCUACCUACCUCAAAAUCAAAGUAGUGGGGGUAUGGGUAGUCCAGGUUACCUGCCGCAAAAUCAAAGCAGUGGGGGUAUGGGUAGUCUAGGCUACCUGCCGCAAAAUCAAAGUAGUGGGGGUACGGGUAGUCAAGGCUACCUACCGCAAAAUCAAAGUAGUGGGGGUUUGGGUAGUUCAGGCUACCUGCCGCAAAAUCAAAGUAUUGGGGGUAUAGUUAGUCCAGGCUACCUUGCGCAAAAUCAACACAGUGGUGGUAUGGGUAGCUCAGGCUACCUUGCACAAAAUCUAAGUAGUGGGAGUAUGGGUAGUUCAGGCUACCUGGCUCAAAACCAUCAAAGCAGUGGUGGUAUGGGUAGUUCAGGCUACCUGGCUCAAAACCAAGGUAGUGGGGUUAUGGGUAGUUCAGGCUUCCUUGCGCAAAACCAAUGUAGUGGAAUUAUGGGUAGUUCAGGGUACCUUGCGCAAAAUCAAAAUAGUGGUGGUAUGGGUAGCUCAGGCUACCUUGCACAAAAUCUAAGUAGUGGGGGUAUGGGUAGUUCAGGCUACAUUGCACAAAACCAAGGUAGUGGGUGUAUGGGUAGUUCAGGGUACCUUGCGCAAAUCCAAGGUAGUGGAGGUAUGGGUAGUUCUAGCUAUCUGCCUCAAAGUGGUGGGGUCAUGGACCCCAAAAUGGCAUAUGCGUGGCAGCAUCUGAAAGCCGACUGCAUGCAGCCCAGGAUCAACCAUAUCCACAAGGCUGUCAACCCCCUCCUGGAGGCCAGCAGGGCGCAGAGGGAACAGUUUGGGGACAUCCCCAUGGUAGACAUGAUCGGACCAGAGUCCGGCCUGGAGCUCCUCCAUGGCAGGCUUCAAAGGGACCCCCGCGGCAGCCGCUCCGACCCUCAGAUGGACCACCUGCGGCGGGAGAGGGAGUACAAGCUGGGCCGCCAGACCUCCAGCGAACAGGAGAUCCAGGCGCGGCUCAACGAGCUGCCAAUGAUCGUGCGUCAGGAGCGCUAUAGGCGACGCCUGGAGAGGCAGUCGUCCAGCGAGCAGGAGGGCAGUGGGAAGGCGAGGACACCAAGGCAGGACGACUCCAGCGACAUGGAGUCAGCCAAGGAAGGCUCUGACAAACGCUCAACAGAGAAGAGAGCCACCACAAUGGCUGAGAUUGUGGAGCAGGCCCAGGAGAGAGAGGCAGCACAAGCCAGAGGGGAGACGUACCGCCCCACCAGCAGCCUCUCAGCACCUGUGACCUACGAGCGCCCGCGCGCCCGAGACCGCCCCAAACCCCGCAGGAGACCCCGCCCCAAAGAGCUUGAGGAGAAGCGGCGCUCUCGCUCGGCUCCAGCCCAGAGUCCGGCGCAACUCUUGCCGCCCUCACACACUGCCCAUAACGAAGGCUUCCUGUACCGCAAACACGACUUUGAGGGCCAGCAAAAGAGUCCCAGCAGUAAGUCGUGGGUGAACUUGUAUUGCGUGUUGUCAAAAGGAGAGAUCAUUUUCUACAAGGACGCCAAGAGCAUCACCACACCUUACAAUGAAGAAACCCCACUCGACCUGAGCGUCUGUAUAUGUGAUAGCACCAUGGGAUACAAGAAGAAGAAAAAUGUCUUCGUUAUCAAGAAAAAUGAUGGCAAUGACUAUAUUUUCCAUGCAAAGGAUGAGGAGGACCUGAAGGCUUGGGUCACUAACAUCACCACCAGUAUAACUGAACACGAGGAGAUCGCCAAGUGGGACAAACCCACGACCUCGUCCACAGAUCCCGACCGCUCAGAGAGGAAAGAGAAGUCAGAGGGUGACGCAGAUGCCAGGUCAGAGAGAUCUGAGAUGGGAGGAGAGGUGGAGGAGGAAGAGAGGUCUGAGAAGGGAGAGGGGUCCGAGAAGACAGGCGAAGGCUCCGAGAAGGCAGACACGUCGGAGAGGGGUGAGAUGGCAGAGGGAGGGGCAGGGGGCUCCAGCACGUCAGGGAAGAGCAAAUGAUCCCCGCUAAGUGGAGGAGUGGACUGCAUCCAACCAUCUGCCCGCUCCAUCCUAACAUUACCCUAAGACACCAGACGGUGGUGAGCAGGCGAGACAGAGGGAGAGUGUGUGCAUUUUUGUGCAUAUCUUCUCUCUCUUUCUCUCUCUCUAUAUCUCUCUGUCUCUCUCUCUCUCCCUGUGACAUCCUGAGGCUUGUGUCCUUGGACUACCUAAUGUUAACUGUGACAGACUGAUCUUUCAGCCCAUAUCCCAGGCAAAAUACAUCAAUGCUUGUAUUGCAUUUUGGCCCUUGCUGGUAGGUUGGAGGAUGGUGGAGAUGAACCAGCGCCACCGUGUGGUCACAGGCAUUCGUCACAGUCACAACUCAUUGAUAAUUUAUCUCUUGGAUUCACAGCAUCUCUCAGUAUAUAUAUAUAUAUAUAUAAUAUACCUAUGACUGACUAUGUAAUGCUCUAGAAAAACCCAAGCAAUGGUGAAUGAAAUGUCUCACAAUAUUUUGAAAACGCUUUUUUUCUGAAGCAAUAUACUUUUUUAUUUCUUCUCUAUGUUUGAGAGAGAGGGAAAGGAGACAAGAAACAGUUACUUAUUGUUAAUUAUAUGAUUGGUCACAUUCAUCAUCAGCUUGUUUCCAGCAGGUCAGCAGCACCUUAAACACUUUCAACACAUCUGUGUAUACUCAGCAUAUUGACAUUUCAAACUCACCUCAUCUCUAUAUCUGAGUCAUGCUGUCAUGAUGGAAUGCUGGUAUUACCUAUGUGUGUUAAUAAUGGAAUUGAUCAACACACGUGUUUCUCUUCUGAACGUUUGGAUUAAUCGUGCACAGGCCCAUGGCAUGCCAGGAAUAAAGGUGAACUAGGGUUGCCGACGUAAGCAAAACUCAAUCACCCCCAAGAGUCUAUUUGAGGAGGCAAUGCCAAACUUAACCCACUUGUAGUGCCAGGCCUGUGUCUACAUCUCACUUAUUAAAUCUAACCAUCCAUGGCAUGACAUUGUAUAGUGCACCUUUUACUUUAAUGAAAAGUAAUGUUCUUCAUGGUCUUGAAGUUGACCAGUUCUGAAAUGAAUUUGGCUGUGCAAUAAUUUAAUCUAAAGGAAAGUACUGUGUAUAAUGCUAAAAUCAUGGUAUAAUUCUGGAAUCCUGAAGAACGUUCUAAAGGCUUCUCUUCGGGGAUCUUAAACUCUCCCCACAUGAAGUAUGGUGAUAGGAAGAUAUGUUUUAAUGACAGAGCAGAGAAAGUUCCCCACAUUACAAGCCCAAGUCAGACAUCCUUCAUGCUUCUUUCAAAUUAUAUUUGAUCUGAGACAAGAAGCAGUAUAACCUCAUUGCUGUUUUUAUUAUAUUACUGCAAUAUAUUUCAUAAGGAUUGUAAUUGUUGCACUAGUGAAAAUACAAUAGUAACAUCAAUAUUAGAUGAACCUCAGAGUAUAUUAUUAACUACUUCUCCCUCCCUGUUUUCUUUCACUCUGAGUUGAAACCAAUAGAAAACAAUUGUCAGUCAGAGGGGAUUUAUCUAGUCAUGAAAUUGUACAUAAGCUACAUGGCCAAAGGUAUGUGGACAAAUGCUCCUGAGUGGUGCAGUGGUCUAAGGCACUGCAUCUCAGUGCUAGAGGC